AAAAGUUAAUUUGGAGAUUGAGAAAUAUCAUCCUAAUAAAUGCCACUGCGAUCUUAGGUAUAGUAUAAAUAUCCCACAAUUUGAGAAUUAAUCUAUAAGUAAUUAUAGGAGAUACGAGAAUACGCUUUCUUAAAAAGGAGAGUAAAGAGACAUCCCAACAAUGUAUAACAUUUUCAUUGUCAUACUUGCCAUUUUCCAAGUGAGUUAUGCUGUCGUAUGCCCUACCAGAGAUUGUGGCAUAACUAACUGUAAUAUCAAAUGUAAUGAAGGGUUUAGGGAAGUUUUUGCACUAUGCGACUGUUGCCUUACUUGUGAACAAGUGUUAGGUUUUGGUGAUCGUUGUGAAGUUAUUUAUGAACCAGCUGUGGUAUCUGCUAGGUCAGCUCCCAGAUGUAGUCGUCGCUUUACUACAGUGAACACUUCCUAUCCUAGAUGCGGCCCUGGACUUGUUUGUAAUGAAUACCUUGGCACGUGUGUAUAUGAUAAUUUAGAGGACGAAGAGUAAAUCGUGUGAUUAUGCAUUUCAUUGAAGCAUUAAAAUAACUGAAUAACUGA